AUGACGGCCACACACGAUUCCCACCGAGGGUCUUCGAUUCCUCAAGCUUCGGCCGGCAUGGCCCUCGAGGAUCGAUUCGAGGUUUUGAAGGAAAUAGGAGAUGGAAGCUUCGGCAGCGUAGCUCUAGCGAGAGUGAGGACUGCCGGUGCCAGUGUGGCUCGCCGAGGCACGGUGAUUGCCAUCAAGACUAUGAAGAAAACUUUCGAGUCCUUCACACCAUGUCUCGAGCUUCGGGAAGUAGUUUUCUUAAGAACGCUACCGCCCCACAGCCAUUUGGUUCCCGCUCUUGAUAUCUUCUUGGAUCCUUUCACAAAGAAGCUCCAUAUCUGUAUGGAGUACAUGGAAGGAAACUUGUACCAACUUAUGAAAGCUCGGGAUCACAAGUGCCUCGACAAUGGAAGCGUCAAGAGUAUUUUGUUUCAGAUUAUGCAAGGUCUGGAACACAUUCACGCUCACCACUUUUUUCAUCGGGACAUCAAACCCGAAAACAUUCUCGUCACGACAUCAGGGCAUCAAGAUUCUGUUAACUCAUUUAGGCGAUACUCUGCGCUAAUGACACCCCCCUCCACACCUCCACAAUACACCGUGAAGAUAGCAGAUUUCGGCCUGGCUCGAGAGACGCAUUCUAAACUCCCAUACACCACUUACGUGUCGACUAGAUGGUACCGUGCACCAGAGGUAUUGCUACGAGCCGGCGAAUACUCUGCACCGGUGGAUAUUUGGGCCAUUGGAGCUAUGGCGGUUGAAAUUGCGACACUUAAGCCACUCUUCCCUGGAGGCAACGAGGUGGAUCAGGUUUGGAGGGUCUGUGAGAUUAUGGGUAGCCCUGGGAACUGGUACAAUAAGUCGGGGGCUCGAGUAGGCGGGGGAGACUGGAGGGAAGGAACACGAUUAGCCGGGAAACUCGGCUUCUCUUUCCCAAAGAUGGCGCCGCACUCCAUGGACACGAUACUCCAGUCGCCUCAGUGGCCUGCGUCUCUCAGUCAAUUUGUGACUUGGUGUUUGAUGUGGGAUCCAAAGAACCGACCAACGUCGACGCAGGCUUUGGCCCACGAGUACUUCGCCGACGCGGUUGAUCCGUUAAGGCCCAAGUCAUCAGCCUCCAGGAUCUUAGGUCGCAAGCAAUCCGAUGUAUCACGUGGAAAAGACAGCAGCUCGACCACCCCCCUCUCGUCGAAGCCUUCUUGGUUCAGAAAAUCGUUGAUUGGCCGAAACGAAAAUACCGAGAGCGCAGCCCCUCCAGUUAGUGUGAAGGAUAUAGUGGCGGCACCUCGUCCCUCGCCCAUUCACUCGCCGGAAGUAAAUGAAGCGGCGGCGGCAGCGGCCAAAUCCAGACCGGCUGCUGGUAAACGAGCAACGUGGACUAAUGGUCCGUCAAAUGUUGCUCCCAUGCCAAUUCUACCUACAAUCCGGCCUAUCUCACCUUUAUCAGAUGCAGUCACCGCCCAAGCGUCAAAUCGCGGCCAAUCCUAUAAUCAAGCUGCGAUCGAGGAAAAGACCGCCAAAAAGAUUGGUCGACAAUUGUCCGUAGCAUCAAGUACCAACAACUACGCUGAGAUGCAUAGACAACAGGCCGAGCGAGCCCUAAAUGGAAACAGUGGACUCGCCUCGCCCCCGAGUGGACACAAAGAGAGCUUCUUUUCUCACCUUCGCAAGCGAGCGAGAAGAUUUUCUGGUCGACAUCAGACUCCUGUUUCGCCCGCAUAUGAGGAUAUAGAGGCUCAGGCAGGCUGUGGACCUUGGGCUAGUAACCGGUCCUCAAUGGUGAUUGACCAGCAGCAUACUCCAUCGUCAAAGGUGGACACCUACGAGUCACUAGACCGAACAUUACGGGAUCCCCAUAACGCUGAACCAAGCACUCCUGCACCACCUAUUCACAUGGCAGCAUCAAGUGGCAACUUAAAACGACACCAUUCGUUACCCCAUCAACAGCCUAGAUCUGUCGACAAUCUUAUUGGAGCCGCUCGUACUACUGGCCCUAUUUCUAGUAGAACAAGGAGGGCACAAGCAGCUCAUGGUGUCCAAGGUGAUGCGUUAGAUGAGGAAGACGAGUUGUUAGACGAAGUCCUCCACUCUACCCACCGAGCAAUGAAACGACUCGAGAAGGAUGGCAAGUCAAAUCUCCGACAAUCGGCUAGUAACCUUGGGUUGUCAAAUCCCUACCCGACGCCAUCGCCGUCGGCCAGUGGGAAUGUCGUCCUCUUCGGGGAUGGACACGAACCUCUAGCUCCUAAGCCAUUAGACUUGCACAAAAACACGGGAAGAGACAGCCAGUACAAGUGGCCGACUCCCCCGUACGAGGAGAGCGAAUGGGCAUCUUCGGCGGCUGCGAGCAUCUGGGCUGCUAGCAACAGGAUUUAA